AAUACAGACAUGAUAACAACUCGCGGAUUUGAGUUAGGAAGUGUACAGGAACUACAUAUUCAUCAACAUCCAGAACCUGCUCCUGUCGACGUUCAACCAAUCGGUAAAAAUCUACAAUGCAAGUUAGUCGAUCGUUCGAAUCAAGUUAUUGGAGAAUCCAACAUGCCAAUACAACUUGAUCGUAAUAUAGAAGCAGUAAGACUUGAGAUGACAGAUGUACGGCAACCAAUAGAUGAUAAAUGGAAAGAAGAGAUGAAACGCAGAGACUAUUUAAGUUCAAAUCGUGUAAACAACCGUUCAGUAACCAUCGGCCAAAUGUUCGACAAAGCGUUGGAAAAGGCGCAACUUGAUUCUGAAGUUAAGUGUUCAACAGAAGCUGCCAAAGCUGAGUACAUAAGAAAACAUGCUAACAUUGUUGGGGUGGUCGGACCUCCUGGUGUUGGGAAGACCACUCUUUCAAAGAUGAUGGUAAACCAAAUUCUCAAACACGAAUUCCUACUGACACUGAAUGUCUUUUCUUCAUUUAUGUUAAAGACAUCAAUUUUGAUACACCGAUGACACCCCUGGAAUUUGUAACCACUAACAGUAGAAUUAGUGUUAAUUACACUGAAAAGGAAAGCAAAGCGUUGAUUAAAUGGAUACAUAAAAAUCCAAAUGUUGCCAUCUUCUUCGAUGGAUUGGAUGAAGCUUCAACAAAAGAGUUUGCCAUGAUCUCACACGUGUGUAAACUUGAUGGGAAAUCAAAACCGGUCGAUAUUAUGAAGAAUUUGUUCAACUUUACAUUGCUACCCAAAGCUAAAAUAGUAGUCACAUCUAGACCAGGUCCAAUGUACAAUCUGCACCCUGAUUAUCGACCUACUUCCAUAUUUGAGGUUCUUGGACUCCUGGAAGAAGCAAAGAAUAAUCUUGGAACACAGCUUUGUGGAGAGAAGUACCCAGCCAUCAAGAAAAUAUUGGACCAACAACCAAACCUUGCUCAUCUGUGUUAUCUUCCAAUUAAUUUUAUUCUCAUUGUGUCUUGUUUGCUCUCAAACGAAGGCAGUGAUAUUAAAACAAUGACUCAAGUUUUAAUCUUUUCCAUGACCAGGUUUGUAGAGUCGUCCCAUUUGAAAGGAGAGGUCCCCUGGAUAAAGUUGGAGCUGAAAUGGUCAAACUUGCUCAUCUGGCAUACAAUGGAAUAAAAAAGAGAAAACUUGUUUUCGAAAAAAGUGACUUUGAUGCCGUGGAACUGGCUGAUGAAAUGGUUACAAACUUUUUCCACACUUAUGUCGAUAAAUCGUCUGGAUUACGAAUGAAAAUCUUGGAAGGAAAUAAACGAAGUUACUUCACCCACCUCACCUGGCAGGAAUUCUACGCAGCUGUAUAUUUAAUGCUCUUUGUGUCGUAUCCUGAGUUCAAACAACUUCAAUCAGUCUUUGAAGAUUCACGAUGGGAUGUAGUGUUGAGGUUUAUGUUUGGAAUCUGUAAUUAUCAUUCAUAUAAACAACUGAAACUCAUUUUUCCCGCAAAAAUGUUUCAAGAUUACGAAGAAAAAAAGAACUUCCUUACGUCAAUGCUCUGCAAAACAAAGUCACCCAGUGGAAAAAUUCACGGAGACAUUCCCAAACGAUUUGGUUGGCUUCAUGAAUACAACGACGCCGAAACCUCUAGAGCAUUUGAAACAAAUUUUCCGAUGGAAAUUGAAAUGUGGUCUCCGAAACAACUUAUGGUCGCUGGAGACAUGGUAUAUGCAUUUAAGUCGUUUACAGAACCACAUAAGUUGGCGUUAGAUCUUUAUAGAACGCCGGAUGUGUGUGAGACUUUGCUUCGUGGAAUACACGGAACGUCAUCCACGAUUUCAACAUUGACCGUCAGUGGAAUCCAAUUCACAGAUUCUCUUAUGGAGUCCCUUAUACUUCAUCUUAAUUUGAUAGAGCAGCUUAACUUUGUCGGUCUCACGAACUCUAGUCUGAGUCCAUACAUGGAAAUCUUAUCGAACGCUAUUUACCAACGAACAGAUAAAAUCAAACUUGAAAUGUGGUAUCAACGAUUAAACGAUGAUGACGUCAGAUACUUGGCUGGUUGUCUUGGCAACAUAUCUCUUUUGAAAAUGCAUCGCAGCGAUAUUUCAAGUGAAGGAUAUCGAAUAUUAAAAGAGGCAAUACAACAACUUCAAUCAAUUCAGGAAUUCGAAUUGGAAGGUGACGGAAGUAAUGAGUUUAAACUACUUGUGAACUGGUUCUUGGAAUUCAAAAGCUCAACCAAUCCUCUACUGACCACUGAGGUUGCUAUACCACACGUUCAGUACGCUGAUUCAUACACUUCGGAUCAAAAUCAGAGAAUGGCUCCAAAUAAACGGAGAUGCAACAGUUUAUAGUCUCGACGUGAAAAGAGACCACAUUAACAUUGAAUACAUAGGAAAGUAGGAAGCAAUAGAUUCGUUUUCUUGCACAAUUAAAUGAACGAGUUAUUCCUAUAUAUCCUUACAUAGCGGGGAAACGACAGUCGUUAUAACAGGGCGUUUGAUCCACAACUCGAACCCGCUUACAAGUUACCACGUAUGCAACAUAUUUAUUCUUACGUGGCGGGGAAACAACAGUCGUUAUACGAAAGUCCUACGCUUUAAACAUGAAAUAUAGGUUUUGAAUCAUGACACCCCAUUUUUCUGUUUUUCCAAUUCCCUUUUUUUCUUACACUUUUUAUUGCAUUGCGGAUCUGCAUUUUAUUGUUUUAUAAAAUCGACUUUCAUAUCGAAAGUAACGCAAUAUGUAUUAUCUACAUUCUACACAACCUACAUAAAAUAAAAAAGUCAGUUCUCAAUGCACAAUAAAUUUAAUAAAAUUCAAUUUUACGGAUCUCGAAAAUAACACGUUCUUGAUACCGCAAUAGGUGAAGAAACUUUCUGAAAAAUAUACCCCAAAUAAGUAUUAUGUUUUAUUCUUAAUUUAAUAUAGUUAUGACAGAAUAUAAUAUUAAGUGAUUUUUUGUCAGGUAUUGCUCUUGCAAGAAAUAAAUAGUGAUCGCAAUUGCUUGAAAUACAUACAAGUUUAUUGUAAUAUCUUGUUCAUACCUAUAACAUACAGAUUUGUGGCUGCGAUUCCCCAACCAUAGUGUUCUGUUCUACCCAGUCUGCAAUGGGAAUAUUUUUCGAGAUGGCUGUAAUAAAGUUGAUCCGAUUUCUGCGGCAUGACGAGGUUAGUUUUGAUUCGAAAAUACCGACAAGCGCAUAGCUGGAACAUGGAUUUAUAGGAUCAAUUGGACAAACGACCGGUCCACCAGA